AUGCAACAACAUGUUCACAUUGUUCUAGUAAUUCUAGCUGUCACUUUUUUGCCUUUUAAUGCUGUGUUGUCUGCUUAUAUUCGUCGAGAGGUCGAGCCAUGUCCAAAGGGUUUCGGUGAUCGAUGCGCAGGGCGUGGUAAAUUGCUUGUGUCGUUCCUGGCCAGUGAUAAAAUACCAUUUGGCGCUGAGAAUGAAUUAUUUAGGAGAUGUGCAAUAAAAGAACCGCUCCCCAGCGAUUUCGCCCUUACGCCUAAGGACAGAACAAUCAUUGCUAACGACCCAUGUGCUCCAAGACCAUACCUUUGGAAUGUAAGGUGGCCUGAAACGGAACGCAAGAUUGAAUUGAGGGCUAUAAAGUACCACGUUGGCCAAAUAUGGUCACCUGAUGGGCAUGUGGAAACGGUAACGGCGUUAAAGGUCCUUCCAUGCACAAUAUGUGAAUUUAUGGAUUUCGGGUACGCCCUCGUGACAUAUGGGAGGCCCGCGUGGGAGAAACGCUGGAAGCGUCGCAGCGAACUAGGGAAACUCAUUAAAAACUGUGAGAACUUCUCUAACAUGAAACCUGUGAAGCUCCAGCCGCCGCAAGAUUUUGUUCUUGGUCAGAUAUUGGACAUUUCGAUGCUCGUAGGGUGCACGCAUGUAAAGGUUACAGGAACCACUAAGGGUAAAGGUUUUGCCGGUGUAAUAAAACGGCAUGGGUUUGCCAGAGGGCCCAUGAGCCACGGAUCCAAGCAUCACAGGGGCCCUGGCUCUAUUGGAGCAUCAACCACUCCAGGCUGUGUUAAACCGGGGAAACGAAUGGCUGGUCGCCUUGGUGGUACCACUUGCAGCUUCCGGAAAUUAAAGGUCCUCGGUAUUAAUCCGGAAACAUCGCUUAUGUACGUAAAAGGCCUCGUCGCCGGCUCGAAAGGCAGCUACGUGUCCAUCACGUCAGACAUGCAGCCACCAACCCCCGAAAACAUUCUCAAAUAG